GCCGGCGGCUUCGGCGUCAAGCUGGAGAGCCUGCCGCUGUCCCCCGGCGCGGCCGGGCCCGAGCCCGACGCCAAGGCCGGCUUCGCCCCGCUCAGCAACGGGCACGCCAAGGGCAAGCUGUCCGGCGACGAGGGCUCCGAGGACGGCGACGACUUCGACACGCCGCAGAUCCUGCGCGAGCUGCAGGCGCUCAACACGGAGGAGGCGGCGGAGCAGCGCGCCGAGGUGGACCGCAUGAUCAGCGAAGACCCCUGGCGAGCUGCAAAAAUGAUCAAGGGUUACAUGCAGCAGCACAACAUCCCCCAGAGGGAGGUGGUGGAUGUCACCGGCUUGAACCAGUCUCACCUCUCCCAGCACCUCAACAAGGGCACCCCCAUGAAAACGCAAAAGCGGGCGGCGCUCUACACGUGGUACGUCCGCAAGCAGAGAGAGAUCCUCAGACAGUUCAACCAGACAGUCCAGGGUUCUGGAAAUAUGACAGACAAAAGCAGUCAGGAUCAGCUGCUGUUUCUCUUUCCAGAGUUCAAUCAGCAGAGCCAGGGCGUGGGGCAGCUUGACGACGCCUGCUCUGAAACCCCCAGCAAGAAGAUGCGGCGGAAUCGCUUCAAAUGGGGGCCUGCCUCGCAACAAAUCUUGUACCAGGCCUACGACCGCCAAAAGAACCCGAGCAAGGAGGAAAGGGAGGCGCUGGUGGAGGAAUGCAAUAGGGCAGAGUGCCUCCAGCGUGGGGUGUCCCCUUCCAAAGCGCACGGGCUGGGUUCCAACCUGGUGACCGAGGUUCGUGUCUACAACUGGUUUGCGAACCGGCGGAAAGAGGAGGCCUUCCGUCAGAAGCUGGCCAUGGACGCCUACAGCACGGGCCAGCCACACAGUAUGAACCUCCUGCUCUCCCACAGCUCGCCCCACCACACCCAGCCCAGCUCCUCGCCGCCCAGCAAAAUGUCAGGAGUCCGAUACAACCAGCAGGGGAGCAAUGAGGUCACUUCCUCCUCGACAAUCAGUCACCAUGGGAACAGUGCCAUGGUGACCACCAGCCAGUCUGUCCUCCAGCAGGUUUCUCCAGCAGGCUUGGACCCAGGCCACAAUUUACUCUCGCCCGAUGGUAAAAUGAUCUCUGUGUCGGGAGGCGGGCUGCCUCCUGUGAGCACCCUGACCAACAUCCACGGCCUGUCCCAUCACAACCCACAGCAGUCCCAGAACCUCAUCAUGACGCCACUCUCGGGAGUUAUGGCCAUUGCACAAAGUCUGAACACCUCCCAAGCGCAGAGCGUACCUGUCAUCAACAGUGUUGCUGGAAGUCUGGCAGCUUUGCAGCCAGUCCAGUUUUCCCAGCAGCUGCACAGUCCACAUCAGCAGCCUCUCAUGCAACAGUCUCCCAGUCAUAUGACGCAGCAGCCUUUUAUGGCCACGGUGACUCAGCUACAGAACUCACACAUGUAUGCACACAAGCAGGAGCCUCCCCAGUAUUCCCACACUUCCCGGUUUCCAUCAGCUAUGGUGGUCACAGAUACCAGCAGCAUCAGCACAUUAACCAAUAUGUCUUCCAGUAAACAGUGCCCCCUGCAAGCCUGGUGAUGUUCCACACCUCACUGCCUUUGCACCUAGUGACCGGAGCUUAUUUUCCACAACAUCACGCCGGUAACCAACCAAGUCUGGGGAGCGUUGCUAUAGAGGAGCUCAGCCAGCUUGUCUAGCGCCAUAGCGAGGAGCCGAUUCGCCUGAAAAAGAGCUGGAGUUUCGUGACGAAUAGCCAACCUUCUGCAACUGGACAGGAGCAAGGCUCUGUCCACAAGGUGCCUCAUCCCAGAGACCGUGCUCUUCCUUCCCUUCGCACAGUAUUUCCAGGACGUGUCUUGAGGAUUUUAAGUAUUUGCCUUCUAGAGGCUGUUGCCUUUUGUGAGAAAAUAAGAACAAAACUGACUGAGAACUGGCAGAAGAGGAGAGGAAGAUCAAUGCUAUUUAACUUAUAUUUCUCCACCAAAGGGACUGGUGAGAGACUUGGAUCUGUUACUUAGAAUUUGGAAGGAGGAAUCACCUGUGCUGUUGAACUGAGCCAACUACCCUGUAAAUAUAGAUAAGCCUCCGUCCUCCCCAAGCCUUUCACUGUCACCUAUACAUAGAGAUUUAUAUGAAAGCAGUCAAUUGUGUCCAAUGGAUGUAAACUACUGUAAUUAAGUGCAAUUUCCCCACCUGUAUAUAUUGGCCAAAAUUCUCAUACUUCUCCUUUUGUAAAGGUCAGAGCUGAGGUGUUUUGGUUUUCUUUCCCUUUUUUGUUUUCCUUUUCUUUCAAUGAGUGAAUUCAUAAGGAGAGGCCUGGCCAUACUCAAGGGUGUCAGUCCCCCAGCAUUGCACUGGCUGCUCGACCGGAGGACCGACACAAAUGCGCGCCUCUGCAGAGCUUAAAGGCCGACAAGCUGCAGCAUAGUCAAUAGUCCUGUCUAAUAGGAGCCCACGCUUGAGAAAGGACCAGGGAUGAAAUAAGUGACCCAGUGACUUGCCAUGACUGGCACGAUCCAUUUGGUGGCGACUAUCAACAUGCGGCUCUCGACUAUUAUUAUUUUCUUUUUGCUGUUUCGAUUGAGGCUAGGCAAGGGUGGAGAAGAGUUCACAUGGGUGUAGUGAGACAUGUAGACCAUUUCUGGAGUCUUCCUUUUUUCAGAUGUGUGUAGUUUCCAAGGGAAACUGCUGCUACGAUCUGAAUGGGUGCAUAAGAUGGUAUUUUUGGUAGGAACAUCCUAUACCUGCCGGGGGGUUAGAUGCCCCAAUCUUCCUUUUUUCAGAGAAGGGAUUGGGAAGUAGGGAGCGGGCCCCUGUCUGAUUUCCAUUUUACAUUGUAAAUUGGACUAGGGUGAACUUUGUUAACCUUACCUCUUUCAAUAAAUGGGUCACCCUUGUCUUCCUAAU